CGUGAGUGACAGCGAUAAAUACGCCGACCUCUUGGUGUUCGGUUAUGCCUGCAAACUGUUCCGAGACGACGAACGGGCUCUUUACCACGAUCAUGGAAAACACCUUAUCCCAUGGAUGGGGGACAAGAGCAUCAUGAUUGAUAGGUCGGUUGAACAAACGUAGACCGAAACAUUAUGCUAACCAUCUAUCCUGUCCCGUUAGCCUGUUUCCAAAAGGGACCACUUGGAGUUUGUCUUGCAGAAGCUUGGGAUGUAUACCCUCAACUGACGACGAAUGUUUUUCAUUUAUUGCCUGCUAACUUGUCUUUGGACGUCCUGAACUGACAGCAAAUGGUAUCUGAAGUUUCUGAAAUAACAUGCUAACAUGCAAAAGCCUUCCAAUCUUUGCGAACAUUUAGGCCAGAGGUGUCAAACUCCUCUUAGUUCAGGUUCCACAUUCAGCCCAGUCUGAUCUGAAGUGGGCCGAAACAGUAAAAUCACUGCACAAAAACCUAUAAAUAAACACACCUCCAAAUUUGUCCUCUGUUUUAGUGCAAAGAUUUUCACAUUUUUAAGGAAUUAUCUUUUUACAAAACAAUAUGAACAACAUGAAAUUUCUGAAGAAAAGUAAGUUCAAUUUCAGCAACAUUAUUCCUCAGUUUAUCAUUUACAUAUUACAACUUACAGAUCACAGAAUGUCUACAAAGGAACACAACAUUUAGUAACAGGUAUGUGGAACUGAUGAUAUAGUGCUUUACUCUCUGAUCAAAACAACACAAUUCAGACAUAAAAAGCCAAUAACGAACAAAAACAAGACAAAAUAUUACAAAAAUGAGACACAAAAUGACAAAAGCGAGAUACAAAAUGACAAAAAAAUGAGAUAAACGAAACAAAACAACAAAAGAGACAAAAAAAUUAGACAAAAAAGUCACAAAGUGACAGAAACAAGACAAAAAAAAUGACGAGACAAAAAAUGACGAAAACAUGAAACAAAGCAACAAAAAAGAACACAAGCGAGAAAAAACACAAAAUGACAAAAACAAUACACAAAACAGCGAAUAAAGCGAAACACAAAAUGACAAAAAUGAGAAACAAAACAAAAACAUGAGCCAAAUGAAGAAAAUCUGCAAAAAAACAACAAAAGCAAGACAAAAUAUUACUAAAAUGAGACACAAAAUGACAAAAGAACAGUGAGCAAUCUAGUAUUUUACUUCAAGAUCCAAACAACUUGUCAUGGUCUAGAAAUUAUUUUAAAUUUAUAGUUUUACAAAUGUACAAUCUGCAGUUAAUGUCUUCUCUGUAAUUUUUACACUUUGAGGACCGGAUUGGACCCUCUGGAGGGCUGCUUUUGGCCCGCGGGCCGCAUGUUUGACACCCCUUAUUUAGGCCAAAACAGGCCAAAAAUCUGCCAGUUUAUUAUACACUAGCUAAAACUACUGCAGGCUGAUGCAGCAACACUGAUACAAAUGCUGUAGCAAUGUAUUUAAAACUAUUAAUAAUCUUAUGAUAUACAUUUCUACAUAGUAUAGCCUCACUGCAGACAGGGUUUAGUAUCUGUAUCAGAGCUGUUGUAUUCGAGCUAGUUGUGUCUCCUAAACUGGCAGUUGAGACAAAUUAUACAGAUUAUUUCAGGACUAUUCAGGUUAGCUUUGAAACAGGCUUUGCAUCUUGGCAUGUUAGGAGAAUUUGCUCCGGAAACUUUUAACUUCAGACAUACCUGAAUAAUGUGGCUUUAAGGUGAAGUGUGACACAGAAGACGUUUCACGCUUUCUGUCCUUUUUCAAACUGAAAUUUGCAUUAAAUAUCAAGUGAACAAGUCACCAAGUGGCAUAGCAUUUUAUUACGCUUUGCUGAUAUCCUCAAGGCCGGAGCAAAUUCGAACCCAGACUAAAGUUACUGUAGUUAAGGUGAUUCAAAAGAUCGCUAACAAAAGAUUAUAAUGUGCUUUCUGCAAAAUGUUUCUGCAGAUGGAGUAAUAUUUUCACCUCCUCACAGAAGCAAACAGAUAUCUAAUACAUGCUAAACUACUCCGACCAAUGCAUCGGAAUCACUCUGUUGAAUCACUUUGGUCUGCAGUGAUCUGACUUAUGUUUCAUUUGUACACCUUUGUAUGUAUGUCUUUAUCACAUAACCCAGUUUUUCCCCAGCAAGGUAGGCUAAGGGGUCCUUCCAAACCCCGAAUAUCAACCACAGCACCCCAUUUCUUUGUCUCCAUGAAGAAACUGCAACAGAGAGAUGGCGUAGAGGGACGAACCCUGGAAAAUGUCGUCCAUUUGGGUUCUUACGGAUAGAUACGAUGGGCGUGGUCACUUACAUGACCUCUCAGAGUAUGACAGCGGGUCAUGGAAUACAUCCUACCAGCUGUCAGAGGAAGAGGCCAGGAUUGAGGCGCUGUGCGAUGAGGAGAGAUACCUGGCUCUGCACACUGACCUGCUGGAAGAAGAGGCUAGACAAGAGGAGGAGUACAAACGUCUGAGUGAGGCUCUGGCUGAUGAAGGCUCCUACAACGCAGUGGCCUUCAAGUACAGCGCCGACUACUACGAUCCCUCCCAGCCCACCGAGGAGGAGGAAGCAAACAAGGAACCUGAAGAGGCCGAGCCUGAAGAGAGUGAAGAACCGUUUGUUGCUCCCGCUGGGCUUACUAUCCCUCCUGAUGUGGAACUGCCGGCUACCAUCAAGACCCACAACAUCAUCGAGAGGACGGCCAACUUUGUGUGUCAACAGGGGGCUCAGUUUGAGAUAGUGCUGAAAGCUAAGCAGGCCGGUAACUCCCAGUUUGACUUUCUCCGUUUCGACCAUUACCUGAACCCUUAUUACAAACACAUCCUGCGGGCCAUGAAGGAAGGUCGAUACAACCUUGUCUCCACCAGCAAGCAGGAGCAGUCGCAGGAAUCUCAUUCUGAUGAUUCUGACGACGAUGGAGACGGCAGCUACCUGCAUCCCAGUCUUUUUGCCCCUAAAAAGAGCUCUCGCCUGGAGGAGCUGGUGAAGCCGCUUAAGGUAAUGGACCCAGAUCAUCCUCUGGCAGCUCUUGUACGAAAAGCCCAACAGGAAAGAAAUGGCACCGCAGCAGUAGCAGCCAAGCCAGAGGAAGCUGCAGCCAGUGCACCAGCGCAGUACUCUGCUGACCCGAUGUACUACGGGUACUACAUGCUUCCAGACGGAUCUUUCUGCUUAGCCCCGCCUCCCCCUGGUAUCGAUGCCACUUCAUACUACAACAAUAUGCCCUCCGCUGUCAUGGCGCCUCCUGCUUCUUCCGAGGCUUUGCCCCAAAUGGCGACUGCAGCUACGCCUGCUGACACCGUCACAGUGGCAUCACCAGCUCCAGCUCCCUCUCAGAUCACCAGCCCUGCUGCUCCAGCGGCUCUGCCAGACACCAGCUCAAAAGCUGAAGCUCAAGUUUCCACAACAACAACACCAGCCAUCAUUCCUCCACCGCCUGACAUCCAGCCGGUCAUAGACAAGCUGGCUGAGUAUGUCGUGAGGAACGGUCUGAAGUUCGAGGCCAGCGUCCGUGCCAAGAAUGAUCCUCGGUUUGACUUUCUGCAGUCUUGGCAUCAGUACAACACCUAUUACGAGUUUAAGAAGAAUUACUUCAUGCAGAAGGAAGGAAAAGGCUUGCUCGAGAGUGUAGAUGACUGCGAUAAGCUCGACUCAGACAAGUCCAAGGACUCCAGGCUGACAAAAGCCUCUUUUGCCCCCAUCUGUUUUGCCAUCAAGGCAAAAGAAAAUGACAUGCUGCCACUGGAAAAGAACAGAGUUCGACUGGAUGAUGACUCGGAUGAGGACAAGUUGUUGGAUGAGGAGGGCCUGGAAGCUGUGAUUGGUGGAGCUGAGCUGGUUGAUAAGGAGCCUCCUCCAGUCAGCGCACCAGAAGAGAAAAGACCGUCCCUCAGUCUGGAGGAGUUGGAGGCAAAACAAGCCAAGCAGAAACUGGAGGACCGUCUAGCUGCUGCAGCCAGGGAGAAGCUGGCCCAGGCAUCUAAGGAGUCCAAGGAGAAACAGCUUCAGGCGGAGAGGAAGAGGAAGGCAGCGCUCUUCCUGCAGACCCUCCGAGGACCGUUCUCUGGAGAGCCUGAGGCCAAGAGAGCCGAGCUCGACUCAUGUGCACAACUGGAGUUGCAGGAAGCCUUUUCUGUUCUAUCCGAUCCUGCACCUACUCAAGCGUCCCAAACACAGCUCGUGUAUCCUCAGGAUCAAAGACUGUCCGUGCAGAACCAUGGCUCCUAUCGCAGCAGGGAAGCCCCGUCCUCAUCGUCCUCUUCCUCUCACGCUACCUCCAGAGGGUCGGACAGAGAGCGGGAUCGAGACAGAGAUCGAGAUAGAGACAGAGAUGGAGAAAGACAUAGAGAAAGAGACAGAGAUAGGGAAAGAGAUAGAGAUAGAGAUAGGGAAAGGGAAAGGAAUAAAGGGAGAGACAAGGACAAAAAGAAGAAAAAACACAAGAGGAGGUCAAGAUCAAGGUCAAGCUCAAGAUCAAAGACCAGACACUCUCUUCCCAGUGCCUACAGGAGAUCCCGCAGGACCCGAUCACGCUCACACUCCCCGGGGAGACGGGACAGGAGGGGCCCCUCAUCAGAAAGGAGACGUGAGGAGAGGGACCGAGAACGCUAUCAUCCCAGCAGCAGCAGCAGCGGCUCCGCUUUGCCCAGGAGGCGUUCGAGAUCCAGGUCCCCUGCUGAGCAGAGGAGGAGCUCCUUGUCAUCCUCAGGACAGAUGCAAACUGCAGGUUUCUCUGUCUCCCCAUAUUCGUCGCCCAGCAGAGUUUUGUCUCCAUCAGCAAGCCCUGCCUCCAGCCUGGCCCACUCAAGGGGUGGGUCUCAAGAGAAAGACAAGGCGGUUUCCUCAUCCAUAGUAUCCUCUGUGCAGUCCAAAAUAACUCAGGACCUGAUGGCCAAAGUGCGAGCCAUGCUUGCCACCUCCAAGACCUUCCAGCCUCCCAACUCCUAAAGAGGGCACAACCUCCCUCCAGCCACGCCAGCCUCUGCCAGUCAGCGAGGGGUUUUCUCCAAUUUCCUGGAGAUUUAUCUGGCCUGCAUCUGUUUGUGCUCCCUGUAUUUACCCACAAAUGAUUAUUUCAUCUGAUUUGAGCAUCAGCAGAUUCAGUUUGGCUGCAUUAUGUUUUCUGCACCGUUGUAAGAGUAAAGUUCGAUGAAGUUGAAGUGAAGCUGAAAUUUCAGACCCGACCUGAAAAAACAGGAGGUCUGCUAGGAGAUUAAGUCUUUGUUUUGCAGGGAGAAUCACACACAGACAUAAUAAAAGCUAUUUUGCAUCCUGUUUUAAAAUACUUUUCUCCCACAUGUUGACAGUCAUUCUUUGCCGCGAUACCUAAAGCUGCUGGAAGUCUGUAUUCUCUCCUUCUAUGAAGGCUUGUGUUUUGAUAAUUUCAUUUUCUCCUCCCUCAUCUCUUCUAUUCUCCACUGUUGUUUUCCCUCUUAAUUCCUCCCCCAGGUUUCUUUUGUCUCCAGCAUCUCACCCUUCUCCUUGAGAAGCAGUUUUGUUUUUUUUACUCCGUCUCUCAGCUGUAGUAUGUGGCCUUCUAUUUCUGUUCUUGGUUUGCAACUUUUUAAUUCAAACUGUCAAUAAAGUUACAGUUAAGAUUAA